AUGACAUGCCUACUCCACUUAAUGCUUACCGUAGUAGUUCUGCUCACGGCUUUGCACACAUCUAUUGCUGUGGAGGUGAACGAGGUAGCUGAGGUAGCAGGUGGUGACAAUGUCACCAGGGCGGUGACAAAGAUACUUAGCCGACAAAAACGUUAUUUGGCGUUUCCGGAGGGCUCUUCAGUUUCGGCUGCGAUUUGCUUGACAAUCGGCAUGAUUGGUAAUCCCGAUGUGGACUAUCUUAGCUGGGCUGUCAACUGGGGUGUUGCCUACAACCUGCCCAAUCAUAAUUGGGUCAUUCAGCAUGCACAUGGCUUUGCCAAUCUCACCAAGGCGAUGCUGCAACGCCGAUCGCGACGCAGCCUCUAUGAUGAGAUGCAGUCCGCACUUGAAAGCAUGGGCUUCAAUGGACGCGCCUGUGUUGCUCGUGCUCUAUGCGAAAGUGGCAAGUAUAUGCAUGCUCCCGGCCAGCAAGGCAACAUGUUGGAGGAAUUGGUUCGCACCGUUCUCAGUAUGCCCAGAUCGGAGGUUGUGGAAUAUGAGCCGCAGGCGCACCAUCACUAUGACCGCAUUUAUCGACGCUCCAAGCGGCACUCUCGAGACUGCCAUGAGCUCUAUCCCGGCUGUCAGUUUUCUUUGCUUGCCAUGGCUCUGGGAAAGUAUGUGACAGCACCGGCGCAGUUUAACAAAUUUAAUUUUAUGUGA